CAAAUCGGCAAAAAAUAUAUUCAUCAUUUAAACUAUAAUUAAGCACUUUACAAAGAUAGGUGGACAUUUGUGAUACAUUUUAAAGUUAAUUGAACAUCAUGGCACAUAAUUUAGGGACAAGAGAUCGAUUACUUGCCGUCAUUGACGAUAUUGAAAUAAUUUCAAAAGAAAUAAUAGAAAAUCUCAUGGCACCAAAACAUCAAAAGACACACGAUUAUCUUCAGUUAGUAGAUUUAUUAGUCGUUAAGGAUAAUGAAUUAAAACAACUUAUGAAGCUUGCUGCUGAACAAGAGAAAAUUGAUGAGAAGAUUAAUAUGCUGAAAGAACAAGUAGCAAAAUAUGACAAUGAAAUUAAUCAACUUCAAAAGCAGCUGAAGGAGGCUGAACAAAUACUUUCGACAGCAAUCUUUCAAGCGAAGCAGAAAUUGGCAAGUAUUGCAAAAGCAAAUGAUAAUCCCAUCCAUUCCGAAGAGCUCAUAAAGUAUGCUUAUCGUAUAAGUGCAUCUCAUGCUGUAUCUGCACCAUUGACAUGGCAACAAGGCGAUUUAAGACGUCCAUAUCCAACAGAUCUUGAAAUGCGAUUAGGCUUGCUUGGAAAGACUGAUUUAAAUAUGAAUGGUCAUAGCUUACUGUCACAAAACAAUGUUAAUAACGAUGCAAUUCGUCCAGCAACUGGUGAAAUACCAGCUUCAGCACAAAAUCAAUUUGCAUGGUUCCCAACAGGUGAACUUCAUAUGAUGGCUGGUCAUCAGUCGAUUUCUUUAGAAACUAAUCGAACGCAUAAAGAUGCUUCUCAAGACGAUGCUUCAUCCGAUAGUUCCAGCUCAAGUUCUAGCGAUUCUCAAUAAAUGUUAGUUCUAUAAGUCUAUAAUAAAGUUUAAGCUCAUUCAC